GUGAGCCACCGCGCCCGGCCAAAUUGCCUGUUUUCUAAACGCUGGAACUCAGGAAGUUCUCCCUCCCCUCCAAGGGGCUUAUGAGAACUAGAAAGCUAAAAGCUUGUCCAAACCAAUGAGGUGUUUUGAGUCUGUGGUUUUGUCUUUGCAGAAUUUAUAGAGCGGCAGCACGCAAAGAACAGGUAUUACUACUACCACCGGCAGUACCGCCGUGUGCCGGACAUCACUGAGUGCAAGGAAAACGAUGUCAUGUGCAUGUAUGAAGCCGAAAUGCAGUGGAGGAGGGACUACAAAGUCGACCAAGAAAUUGUCAACAUUAUACAGGCUCGACUCAAGGCCUGUCAGCAGAGGGAAGGACACAACUACAAGCAGAACUGCAGCAAGGAAAUGGAGCAGUUCGCCCAGGUGGCCAAGGCCUACCAGGACCGCUAUCAGGACCUGGGGGCUCACUAUUCUGCCAGGAAGUGCCUGGCCAAACAGAAGGAGAGGAUGCUGGAAGAGAGAAAAGCUGCAAAAGAGGCUGCCGCUGCCACCUCCUGAGGCAUCUGUGGGUGCACCUGCUGUGUGGCUCUGUAUGACUGUUGCUUAAAUAAAGUCCUGCAACCUG